UAAUCUUCGAGAAUCAACUUCGUUACUAACGCCUUUUUUAAAAAUUUGGUUUUGCUAUAUUAGUCUAUUUUAGAUUUAGAUGAUCGGUUCCACCUGAUAACAAAACCGAUAAGAGGUUACUAGAUUGUGAAGUAAUAUUUGUUUCAAUUUUCUCAUGGGCUUUAUCGAUGAUGAAUUACAAGAGGUAUCAAAACUUUGUCAAAAUGUCGUUGAUGGUAGCCGCCUCGUUUCUUGUGUUUGUACUAUGGUGCGAGUGGAAAUAACGAAAACCAAGUUCAAGACCAUCGUCGUGUGCAUGCAGUUCGCGAAGCACUAUCCUAAUGUUCCAUUGUUAAUUGAAUUGAAGAGCAAAACUUUAUCUGUGAAGUUACUUAACGGUCUAACAGAAGUUUGUGAAAAGGAAUGCAAGAAAUUGUUGGGAAAGGCACAGGUGUUACCAAUAUUGAAAUUUAUCCGUAAUUUCAUUGAUGAAAAUCCUUUGAUUUGUUGCUAUGAUGAAAUCUCAGCCAUAAAAAAACUCUUGGGAGACGACGAUGAAAUAAAAUUGAAACAAAAAUAUUCUUGUAUUGGUUUGAAGAUUAAGAAAGAUUUAUAUUACUUCAAAGCUAAAAUCGAUGUACCAGAUAAUUAUCCAGUUGCCUGUGUAAAAUUGGGAGAUGUAAAUACAAAUUUUCCUCCACUAUUUACACGCCAUUUCACAGGUCAAGGAAAGGAAUUAGCCAGACAGUGUGUAGAGCCACCACUGAGGAAGAAAUCACAUACUCCUUUUAUACCCUCACCAUCUUUGGAAGUUGUUACAUCUUUUCUCAUACAAUGUGUAAAGAGUUUGCCACAAGAGUAUUGUCAGUCAUGCAAACAAAAAUGUCUGCCGGAGAAUCCAGAAAAUGCAGAAACCAACGAAACUGCAGAUAUGCAUGUAGAGAGACUUUACUGUGGACAUUUGUUUCACUUACACUGUCUUGUGACUUACAUGAAGACUCCUCCAUUCCAUGGGGGUAAAAAAUGUCCAACAUGUGCACAACGUAUCUAUCAUGAAAAAUGGGGUGUAAGCGAUAAGCUUGCAGAAGACCGUUGGGCUCAUCAACAAGCCCGAGCUAGGGAACUAGCGGAGGUAGAAGAUUUUUUCAACUGAAAUCUACAUUUCAUUUAAAUCAUAUCUCUAAGUGACGAUAUUUCCAUGAAAGAAUGCAAUAUCACGAACAAAAUAUUGCUAUGGACAGCUAGGGAAAAAUGAGUGGUGAGGAUGGGAAGUAUAGGAAAAUUUUCAAAAUAACAUUAUUUGUAAUUACAUUUGCGAACGAAUGUAUAUAGGUCAGUGUUAAAAGAAGGUAUUUUUAAUACCGUGAAGUUUAUUAUGAUAUACACUAAAUGGCUUUAUAAUAACAAUUUGCUUGAUACGGUGCUAAUAUUUCGCAUUAUUCAAUUGUUUUUUUUACUAAACUAACAUUGUAAAAUCUUUGUAGGAUUGAAGAAAGAAUCAUUCAAUGAUUUUGUAUAAAUUUAGAUCUUUAGUCAUUUUUAUAUUGAAUAUUUGAAUUUGUACUUUGAAAUAACUAAAGAACUUAUUUUAUAUUACACUGAUAUUGAAAAGACAUUUUGAUUAAAAUAUUUGAAAGAAGAAAUAUCAAUUGGAAAAUUGAUAUACUACUUAUCGUGCGUUAAAUUACUCACCAAUUCGGUUACGAAGUGCCUUUCCAUGUUUCACUAUUAUGACGGGGAUAGUACCGAAUGUUACUUGUGCGUGUUACGAAGUGUGUCCUCAUAUAGUUUUUAAUAUCUUGAUGUUGAAUUGAAUUGAAUUGAAUGGUACUAUUAAUUAACUAUCACAGAAAGAUAUAAUAUAAUUUGUUAAUAACUGACAACAAUAUUCAACCGUUAAAAACUUUCAGUGUCGCGGAUCAAAUAUUCCUCGUGCGAAAAAGGGCGCGAUAUUUAAUGUACUGAUUUCAGCGCCACUCGCGGAGUGUAGAAUUAAUCGAUGUUAUCGAAACGUCUAAUUGCAAUUUUUCAAAAACUUAAAGCUGGACACCUAUUGUAUAACAAAACAAACAAAACAAUCAAUUUUUACUAUCAACUAAUAAUUAAUGUAUGAAACAAAAAUGAAGUAUAUUCUUUCUUAACAAAAUUGUUUUUUACAUGGUAUGACUUAUACAUUUUUAUUUUUGAUUGUAAUAAUAAAUACUUAUGGAAGAAUGUA